AUGAGUCGCAACAAACUCAACAUGGGAGUUCUCUUUGUUGCUUCUAUCAUUCUCUUGUUCCAUUCUCCUUCUAUCAACUCCACUGCUUUUGAACUUGAAACUGCGGCAAAUGGUGAAAUUCCAUUUAGUUAUAUAGAAGCAACUGGCAGAGGACCAUCUAAAUGGGGUGAACUUGACCCGAAAUGGCGAGCUUGUGGUGAUGGAAGAUUACAAUCUCCAAUAGACAUAGUGGAUGUAAAUGUGCAUGUCUUCCCAAAGCUAGGAGAACUACAAAGGGAUUAUAAACCAGCUAAUGCUACCAUUAUGGGCAGGGGAAGAGACAUUAUUGUGCAAUGGAAGGGUGAUGCAGGAAAUAUUAACAUCAAUGGAACUAUUUACAGUCUGCAACAUUGCCAUUGGCUUACACCCUCUGAGCAUACAUUCAAUGGUACAAGGUACGAUUUGGAACUUCACAUAGUUCAUGCAAACCUACUUGGGCAGAUAACAGUUGUUGGGAUUCUUUACCAAUAUGGCAAACCUGAUUCCUUUCUUUCAAAAUUGCUCCCCUUUAUAAAGUCAGUAACAAAACAAGAGAAGGAUUUGGGAAUUAUCAAUCCUAGAAAAAUAGUAUUUGGGAGCAGAAAAUAUUACAGAUAUAAUGGUUCUCUUUCUGUUCCUCCUUGCACUGAGGGUGUUCUUUGGACAGUCAUCAAGAAGGUGAGGACAGUUUCAGUGGAGCAACUGCAAGCUCUGAAGGAUGCUGUUGAUGAUGGAUUUGAAAUGAAUGCAAGGCCAAUUCAACCAUUUUAUGGAAGAUCCCUCUAUUUAUACAAUCCAUGUGAGAUAAUUGGAAAUUUUGCUUAAACUUCUAUAGGUUAUUUCAGAAGAAAUUAAGAGAAUUCCAAACACGUUAAUUGUAUUCCAUAUAUAUCCUCCAUG